GCGGUAUUUAGCAAUUCAGAUAAAUAAUUGGUGAGAGAAAAAAAAAGGCUUACAAAUUACUCUAUCAAUUAAACAAGUGUGUGCGUACUGCGUACCCAAUAGAAACCGAUCCAGACGUACAAAGAGAGAAUGGCUUCCCAAACCAACGAUCCUCGCCUCCCAUCGGCGGCGAGGCCGUACAAGCCGUCGGUCGUCGCUCCGCAGGACGCCCCCAUCGAUUACUCCGGCUUCGUCGCCGUCAUUUGCGGCGUCUUUGGUGCUAUGUUCCGGUAUAAGGUCUGCUCGUGGCUUGCGGUGAUAUUCAGCGCACAAUCGCUUGCUAAUAUGAGGAACAUGGAGAACGAUCUCAAGCAGAUCUCCAUGGCCAUGAUGUUUGGGAUCAUGGGAUUGGUGACAAACUACAUGGGGGUGGGACCUCAGCCGAGCCCCAAAAGUUAGCAACCUUAUAUGUUGGAUUUGCCAAUGUUGAAAGCCUUCUUUUUCUUGCUCUUGUUAAAAUGCUGCAAUUCACAUAUUUUACUUGUCUAAGAAAUCUAAGACCCUAAUACCCCCCACUCCCUUUUUCUUUAGUUUCGAUUUUCAAGUCGAUGUAAUCUUUUGUAAUAGUUAGUUGGACUAGGUCGGAUAUGAAUAUUCAACAUCACAAUCGGAGAUGGAUUACACAACUGUUUUUCUGGGAUCUGAAGCCCGAUUUUAUUGUGCCCUUAUGUGCCUUCCAUUGACUUGCACUAUGAAAUGUUCAUCCAUGCUAAUGUUUCAAUAAGCUAUGUUGUUUUGAUAGUUCGUUUUGGCCGCACUUUGGUUCAUGAUUGUUGGCUAUAAGCUCUAGUUUUGGGAUUCACUACGAGAAGUGGCUCUUACAGAAAGAUCUGGUUGC